UUACAGCUGUCGGACGAAUAAAAAUUGUUGAUUAAAUCUUGUAGAAAAUUGCUAAAAUAAAACGUAAAAAAAGGUUUUAAGAUGUCGAAGGUGACCGUCCAAGAUAUAGAAGCGGUGGAUGACUACUGGGGACCGACAUUCCGUUCAAUUCUAGAAGGAAACAACACAAAGCAAAUUGGCGAUCAACUGGAACAGCGGAUUCGUAGUCAUGACAAGGAGAUCGAGCGGAUCUGCAAUCUGUACUAUCAAGGCUUUAUCGACUCAAUCAAGGAACUGCUGCAAGUACGGACACAGGCAAAUCAACUCCACCAAGAUGUGCAUGGCUUGGACACCUCGCUACUAGAUAUUAGCGCCUCCCUAAUCAAGCAAGGCAAUGAUCUAGUGCGGGCCCGGCAAAUCGAAUCAAAUUUGGCCAGCGCCAUUGAAGCACUUAAGUCCUGUCUGCCUGCACUGGAGUGCUACAUGAAGUUCACUCAGCAGGCUACGAAUAAGCAGUACUACCAGGCGCUAAGAACUUUGGAGACCUUGGAGGCGGAGCACUUGACGCGGUUAAAAACGUAUAAUUAUCGCUUCGCCACCCAGAUGCAAAUUCAGAUUCCUAUCAUCAAGGAGAACAUUCGACGCUCUUCCGCCUCUGAUUUCCGUGAGUUUUUGGAGAACAUCCGGAAGUUUUCACCCCGCAUCGGGGAGUUGGCUAUUACUCACACUAAGCAACUCCAAAAGCGCGACAUAAACGCUAUCAUCGCCGAGCACAUGCACCAGGUGAACGGAGGAGGAGCCGGCGGAGCUGGUGCUGGCGGGGAUGAUGAUGGCGCCAAUGUUAGUGCACAAGACCUCAUAGACUUUUCCCCAAUUUACCGGUGCCUGCACAUUUACAUGGUACUUGGGCAACGUGAAUACUUUGAGAAAGACUACCGCCAGCAGCGCAGGGAUCAGGCCAAACUGGUACUCCAGCCACCACCCAAUAUGCACGACAAUUUGGAGGCCUACAAGACCUACAUCUGCGCUAUUGUUGGCUUCUUUGUGGUUGAGGACCAUGUAAAAAACACGGCGGGCGACGUGGUGACAAGCAGUUAUCUAGAAGAUCUGUGGUCUAACUCUCUUACCAAGUUUGUUAAUGAGAUAAGCAUGAGUUCGUCGUCCUGCACAGAUCCAAAUAUAUUGCUGCGCAUCAAGAACCUGAUUAUGCUGUCUAUUAACACUUUUAAGUGCUACGGUUACACAGUGAGCAUCCUCUGGGAACUGUUGCACAAUAUGCGUGAUCAUUAUAAUGAGGUUUUAUUGCAACGCUGGGUGCAUGUUUUUCGUGAAAUCUUAGACAAGGAACAGUUUCUUCCCAUGGUUGUGCAAAACGCGGAAGAGUAUGAAGGCAUCAUCGAGCGAUUCCCCUUCCAUUCGGAACAGCUGGAAAACGCUCCGUUUCCCAAAAAAUUUCCAUUUUCGCGUAUGGUGCCAGAGGUCUACCAUCAGGCCAAAGAGUUCAUGUACGCCUGUAUGAAGUUCGCCGAGGAGCUGACGCUUUCGCCCAAUGAGGUUGCCGCCAUGGUUCGCAAGGCCGCUAAUCUUCUCUUAACGAGAAGCUUCAGUGGAUGUCUGUCGGUGGUGUUUCGGCAACCUAGCAUUACGCUAACGCAGCUCAUUCAGAUAAUUAUUGACACGCAGUACUUGGAGAAGGCGGGACCGUUUUUGGACGAGUUCGUGUGUCACAUGACCAACACGGAAAGGAGCGUGUCACAGACUCCUUCAGCAAUGUUCCAUGUGGCUCGGCAGGAUGCCGAGAAGCAAGUGGGCCUACGCAUCUGCUCCAAGAUUGACGAGUUCUUCGAGCUUAGCGCUUAUGACUGGCUGCUAGUAGAACCUCCGGGCAUUGCCUCCGCCUUCAUUACGGACAUGAUUUCGUAUCUGAAGAGCACUUUCGACAACUUUGCCUUUAAACUGCCUCACAUCGCACAGGCUGCCUGUCGACGCACCUUCGAACACAUUGCGGAAAAGAUCUACUCGAUCAUGUAUGACGAGGACGUGAAACAGAUUUCAACUGGGGCGCUAACACAAAUAAACCUCGAUCUAAUGCAAUGCGAAUUCUUUGCUGCUUCAGAACCGGUCCCUGGCCUAAAAGAAGGGGAGUUGAGCAAGUACUUCCUGCGUAACCGACAACUGUUGGAUCUGCUCAUUCUGGAGGAGUGGAGUACGUAUUUCCAUGACUAUGGAAAGCAGGAGAACCGAUACCACUUGGUGCAACCACAGUCCAUUAUUGUAAUACUGGAGAAGAUCCGCGAAGCGGAUAAAAAACCUAUAUUUUCCCUGGUGCGAAAGAACGACAAGAAGAAACUGUUAGAGACUGUCCUUAAACAGCUGAAGCACAUCGCCGAUAGACAGAACUAGGAUAAGGAUAUAAGAUGUUAAAGCUUUAAGCAAAAAUUUGAUUUUAGAUAUUCAGAUUUUUUUUGCUUAAUCCAAUUGUAUUGCCCAAGAAUUCCCACUCUUGUAAGCCUAUAAUCCUUAAUUGUAUAGCUUUUCAUCUUUAUUAUUUAGGCUAAUUUGAGUUUUCACAUGGAAAAAGUAUUAAGUUCUCAUUUACUUUUGAUUCGAUUUGUUUUUAUAAAAGACAAAUUUCAAUUGAAACUGCUCGACUUGAACGUGUAAAAUUGUAUUUUGAAUUUUGAUUCUUAUGUACAGAAAAGCGCAGAACCUUAGCUGUUUCCAACGUACGGAUUGUUGAUAAAUACAAAACGGAAACGACAAAAAAAUGAAAACAAAUUGAGAGGAACGUCUAAAUAACAAAUUGUAUAUAAUUAUUAGAUGUAUGUAGCGUACGUGUAUUGUGUAGGUAUAUUCCGCAAAUCGUAGUAAACUAACUUCUAAGUUACGUA